AUGAUCACGCAUGGCAGAUUGAACCGCUCUCCUGUACACGCUGUGCAGCCCGCCAACCGAUUUUCCGCCGUGGACGAAACCUCUUCGAAAUUAGAUGAGGCGGCGCAAAGAGCUUACAAAGAGUCAAAGAAUCUGCGAGAGAUGCAUUCGCAAUGGGGCUACCUUCGACAUCGGUACUCUGAUGACCAACGCCAAUCUGCCCGGAAGAUGUUCACAUUCUGGAAGACCAAGUUUUUGCAAGUUUCCAGGCCAGACAAGCCUCCGGAGCCAAAGUUGCCGUGGCCAUGGCGCGACUGUGCGAAGUGGCUCUUCGAGCUGAACAAUGCCAAGAGCAUGCAAAAGGCAUGGGAAGCCCUCGAAGUCGAAAGUCGCCAGAAGCAGUGGCCCCAUGUUAUGCUCUCAACGCUUGAUCGCUGUCCAGACAAAGCACACAUGGUGCUGGAAGCUACGCUGGAUCCGCUACCGCCUGGGUAUGCUAUCAACGAUGUGCUUCUCUUCAUUGCGCAACGCUUGCGCAUCAGCAGCAUCAAGAACUCGCGUGAGAGGGCUCUCAAGGCAGACGAAAUGCUGGAAUUGGUGGCCAAAGUUCUCGAGGAUGCGCCUGCCAACCAUGUACCCCUUGGUCAGCGAACAGUCGGCCUCCUUGCCCGCAGACUGCCAAGCGAGCAGACCAGCGAACUCUACAAGAUGCUACAGAGGGCCAACAUCAAACUACAUCCGAACUCGCUGCUGCAAUUCGCGGGCAAAUUAGCCGGCGACAUGGCGCAUAAAGAGACGGCAUUUGAGAUCCUAAAGGGGCUCGCCGACAGUGGAGUGGAUCUCAACGCGCCCAGUCCCUCCAGCGCCAUUACUACUCUGCUGCAUUGCCGGAUUGCUCACGGUGGCUGGUCAGACAGCACCUCAUCCUUCUCGCCCAAGGACACUCUUGAAUACUUCAUGGACCGGGGCUUCGUGCCCAACGUCAUCAAUGCCACCGCCUUUCUGGAUUCCCUCUGUCAACGGGCCGAAGUUGAAGAGGCGAUACGGCUGGCGUUGCUGUUUUCCGAGUCUGGAGUCCAGCUCGAUACAAAGGCGUGGUCCACCAUCUUCAGGGGCGCCAAGGGGAGCCUCAAGGUUGAGAACGUGGCAAAGAGCCUGGAUGUUGCCAAAGCGGCCAAUGCGCCCUACGUGGAUGUGCUCAACAAUACUCUCCACGCCAUCUUCUAUUUUGCAGAAAUGGAAUCCCGUGAAAAGAGGUUCUCUGCCCCGUGGAUCUAUCCCUUGUUCGGCCCAAUGCUGCGAGUGUACGCAAAGAAGUUUGAGCUGGAGCCACUGCAAUGGUGGCUGCCCGACUCGCUGCCUCUGAUGCUGACGCAGACAACGGGCAACGACGGCGAAAAGUUUGAGAGCUCUCGGCCACGGCAAUGGGACUUUUUGGGGAGCAUUGUCCCUCUCACCGAGAAGACGUUUGCAGCUCAGAGUAGCGGGCCGAAGUUGCAGCCAAACACAACAACAAUAGCCAUCAUGCUGCGGGCUUACAUCAAGACCCUUCAGCACCCCUAUGACCUCAUGGCCUUCUAUGCCUUUUUCAAGGCUCGGCUUGAAGAGCAAGCCGGGAAAGAAGGCGUUGCCGCUCAGCUCAUCAAAGACCAAGGCAGCCUGGUCCACGAUACCAUCAUCAUGGCUAUGACGGAAAGACGAGGACUAUCACGGCCUGCGUUGCAGAUCUUUGGAGACAUGCUAAAGGAUCACCUGCAAAGAAACAACAUCGAAGAUGCGACGAUCGGCAACGAGACGCCGGACAAGAGCCAAAGCCGUGCCACAGCCCCGGUUCAUCCUGCGCCUAGUUUGUGCACCUUCAGCAUCCUGGUGCGAGGUCUACUCAACAGCGGCGACCGGAUUCUGGCAGAGCAAGUCCUGCAUGUGAUGAAGGAGCAGGGCGUCGAGCCAAAUCUCGUGACGUGGAACACCCUAACAAAGGGCUACGCGUCGAUGCAGAAUAUCAAAAAGACGGUCUCUACACUGCAGGAUAUGGAGGCCGCAGGUUUCAAACCUGACAUGUUUACCUUCAAGGCGUUUGGCAAGCUCAAGAACCAGGCACGGGCGUUGGAGCUGAUGGAAGGCAUCAUUGACGUGAACAGACAAAAGAUGGUGGACGUGGACUUGUAUGGAUAG